AUGGCAUUCAAUCAAGAAUUAGAAGCUAUAACUCAAGCUUUUUCAGGACAUGGUGUGGAUGAAAAAUCACUGGCAACAAUAUUGGGAAAAUGGGAUCCUGUUGAGAGAGAAACAUAUAGAAAAAAUACAUCAAAUUUCUUUGUUGAAGAUCAUGAAAGAAAAUUUCAGAAAUGGAAUGAUCACCAUGUUCGGCUUCUCAAACACGAGUUUGUGCGUUUUAAGAAUGCAGUGGUAGUUUGGAGCAUGCACCCUUGGGAAAGAGAUGCUCGUUUAGCAAAAGAGGCUCUAAAGAAAGGGCCAAGUUCAUAUAAUGUCCUCAUUGAGAUUGCAUGCACUAGAUCCUCUGAGGAGCUUUUGGGAGCUAGAAAGGCAUAUCAUUCCCUCUUUGAUCACUCCAUUGAAGAAGAUGUUGCCUCUCACAUCCAUGGCAUUGACAGAAAGCUCUUGGUUGCACUUGUAAGUGCCUAUAGAUAUGAAGGAUCAAAGGUUAAAGAUGACACUGCAAAAUCAGAAGCUAAAACACUUGCCAAUGCCAUUAAAAAUGAUCAAAAGAAUCCAAUCAUUGAGGAUGAUGAAGUAGUAAGGAUUUUGGCAACAAGAAGCAAGCUACAUCUUCAAGCAGUUUACAAACACUAUAAAGAAAUAUCUGGCAAGAAUCUUGAAGAGGAUCUUAAUGACUUAAGGUUUAAAGAGACUGUGCAAUGUCUUUGCACUCCACAAGUAUAUUUUAGCAAGGUUUUGGAUGCAGCAUUAAAAAUUGAUGUGGAUAAGAAUGUUAAGAAAUCACUCACUCGUGUGAUAAUUACUAGAGCUGAUAUUGAUAUGAAGGAGAUAAAAACUGAGUAUCAAAAGUUAUAUGGAGUUUCUUUGCCUCAGAAAAUUGAAGAGACUGCUAAAGGAAACUACAAGGAUUUCUUGCUAACCUUAAUUGCUAGAGGAGGCUAA